UUAGCGUCAAAACGAUGCCGCUGCAGGGAUUUCCUUCCUGAGCAAAUAACGCAAGGCAUACUGCAUCUAGAUUCUUCUCCGGCAUUGUAGAAUACAUAUCACAAAACAGCUACUUGAUCCGCUCGAACCCUGCGCGAAUCCAAGCAGACCUAUUUACACGCUCCGUACACUCUUUUUCCAUAUAUUUUCUUUACCAUUUUUCACUGUGCAGCGAUCAAAUCGAAGGUCGAAGCCGCUCUGUGCCUUAAAUCUUCUCUCUGCGAUUCCAGGUUUUGGUGUCAUUAAAACAUCAUGGGGGACACGUGCCAUGAUGAAGGUUCUAGCAGCUGCAAUCGUUCUGGAGAGAGUUCCAAUUCAGUUGUUGAGCUCAAUAUCAAGACUCUGGAUUCACAGAUUUAUAGCUUUCAAGUAGAAAAAAAUAUUCCAGUUUCAUUGUUCAAGGAGAAAAUAGCCAGCAAAAUUGGCAUCCCAGUCAGUCAACAGCGGCUGAUUUUCCGCGGAAAGGUCUUAAAGGAUGAUCAGCCACUUUCUGAAUACCAUGUGGAGAGUGGGCAUACAUUGCAUUUAGUUGAGAGGCAGCCAAGUCAAUCGCAGCCUUCACCCAACACAGGCUCUGGAGAAAAUGGGAGUAACGGCAAUCGAGCAGGAAAUGAUAAUGCUACUGGUGCUGUUCGUAAUCGUGUUGGGCAAAUUUCACACAGCGUUGUUCUCGGCACAUUUAAUGUUGGGGACCAAGGUGAAGGAAUUGUUCCAGAUGUUACAAGGGUUAUUGGGGCUGUUUUAAAUUCUUUUGGAAUUGGCGCCCAACCAACCACAAAUAUUACCCAAGCCCCAUCUUUGACAAAUACGAGUGGUCAAGCUCCUCAAGGAAGUGAGUCAGAUGGAAUGCAUGGGAAUGUUGGUGGUCAAAACCAAGCAGCAUAUCAGACGCAAUCUGGACAGGCCUUACCCCAAUCGUCACCUCAAGUUGUACAAGUUCCUCUCUCUGCAGCAACAGCAGCACCUUUGCCUUCAUUUCAUGCGCCCAUUCCUGAUUCUCUGAGCACCCUUUUGGAGUUUACACGUCACAUGGAGCAGGCACUAUCACAAAAUGGUGAUGGUAGCACUGAAGAACUACCAAGGGUGGAACUGCGUCCUGGUCCACAAGGUUUACCGACACCUGAAGCACUGAGCACUGUCAUGCGUCAAGCACAAAGGCUUCUUAGUGGCAAUGCUACUGCUGCACUAUCUCAUCUUGCAGGGCGCCUGGAGCAAGAAGGUAGUUCUUCCAAUCCUGCUGUAAGGGGGGGAAUACAGUCCGAGUCAUUGCAAGUUGGCCUUGCAAUGCAACAUCUAGGAGCUCUUCUGCUAGAGCUUGGUCGUACAAUUAUGACACUGCGAAUGGGACAGUCUCCUGCAGAAUCAUCUGUUAAUGCUGGUCCGGCAGUUUAUAUAUCUCCAUCAGGGCCCAAUCCCAUAAUGGUUCAGGUUGGUCUGUAAUUUCGGACUGUAGGG